CGGAAGUGUUGAUAGAAAACCGCGGGAAAGCAAAUAAACAAAUACACGUGUGUAGACUGACAGAUGCAAAAUCAUAAAAAUGCCACCGAAAAAAAGCAAAACAUCUGAUGCUAAAGGUCCAAAAACAUCUAGUCGUAAGAGAAAACGAGAGAAUGAAAAUGAUUUGCAAGCAAAAGUUGAAGAAAAAAAAUCAGUAGAAUCUUACUCCCAUUGGAUAAUGAAGUCUGAACCAGAAAGUAGAUUUGAAAAUGGUGUGGAUUUAAAGUUUGGUAUUGAAGAUUUAAAACAGUGUGAGAAACAAACAGCUUGCUGGGAUGGUGUAAGAAAUUAUCAGGCCAGGAACUUUAUGAGGGAUCAGAUGAAGAUAGGACAUAAGGUGUUUUUCUAUCACAGCAAUUGUAAAGAGCCUGGAAUAGCUGGGAUUUGCAAGAUAGUGAAAGAAAGUUAUCCUGACCACACACAGUUUGACUCUGCUGAUCCCCAUUAUGAUAGAAGUGCAAAGAAAGAUGCUCCAAAGUGGUUCAUGGUGGAUGUAAAGUUUGAGAGGAUGCUGAAGCGGUUUAUUCCAUUAUCAGAACUUAAAUCUCUACAUCUUAAUCACAAGGCUGAUGGUGGGACACUGAAAAAUAUGGCUUUAUUUACAAGGGCAAGGUUGUCUGUACAACCUGUAACUACAGAGGAGUGGGAUUUCAUAAUAAACUUGGAGAAUGAGAAGACAUAAAGAUAUGUUGAUCAAUGUUGUGAAUAUCUGAUUGCUGAAAGAGAUGAAUGUGCAGUUGGAUAUAAGUAAAAAUAUAAAUGCUGAAUUCAUGUUUUACAGCAUGUACAUGUAGUACUGAUAUAUGUCUCAUUUCAGAAACAAAAUUACCUGACCUGAGAAGUUAAACAUAUAUGGAAUAUAAUUCUCAUUUUAUAUAUUGUACAACAAAAUUGUUUUGUAAUUAUCAUCUGUCAGGACAGACUUGUAUAUUAAUAAAAAUGAAAUAUU